UGAUUAGCGCGUGGUAAAGUUUACAGUCGGUGUCUUCGGUAUGUUUGAGCUGUCAGUUGUUUGUCGCUUUAUUGCCGUAUGUUAUUUGUAUUACCGCAUUUGAUGAGAUAAAGACUCAUCUCUGUGAUAAUGAUGGAUGCAGGAAUUCAGAGUCAUCCCAAUUUUGAGAUGUUGGCCCAGAUAGGUAAUGGUGCAUACGGCACUGUUUACCGUGCACGUUCAGCGAGUGGCCAAAUUGUGGCUGUAAAGAAAGUCCGUGUGAACCUUUCUGCUGAUGGUAUACCUUUGUCUACACUUCGGGAAGUUGUUCUUUUGAAGGAAUUGGCUCAGUAUGAACAUCCGAAUAUAGUGAAACUACUGGAUGUCUGCACGGGUCAUAGAACAGAAACCGAUCUGUAUCUGUUUUUAGUGUUUGAACAUUUGGAGCAGGAUUUGUCUAAUUACAUUGAAAAGUGUCCCCGGUCUGGCAUGGGAGCAAGCUUGGUGAGAGACAUUAUGUUCCAGACUCUGAGUGGUGUUGAUUUUCUCCAUAGUAAGCGUGUAAUUCAUCGAGAUCUGAAACCUCAGAACAUCCUGAUUUCUUCUUCAGGAACAGUGAAGUUAGCAGACUUUGGGCUGGCUAAGACUUACGACUUUGAAAUGCUACUUACUUCUGUUGUUGUAACCAUAUGGUAUCGUGCUCCAGAGGUUCUUCUCAACUCAACAUAUGCUACACCAGUUGAUAUCUGGUCAUGUGGUUGUAUUAUGGCUGAAUUGUUUCUUCUGCGUCCUAUAUUUUGUGGAACAUCAGAAGUUGAUCAACUGGACAAGAUAUUCAGCAUCUUAGGAACACCUCCUGAAACAAGUUGGCCAGAGCAGACACCAUUACCUUGGUCUGUUUUCAAAAACUACACAGCUGCUGACCUGGAAGGGAUGAUGCCUGAUUGCUCCCCAGAUGGUCUGAAUCUUUUGCAGAAUUUGUUGAUGUUUGACCCUUGUCAGAGAAUCAGUGCUGCAAAAGCCUUAGCUCAUCCUUAUUUCAAGGAGCAUGGAUACAUUGCACGCUAGUGGAACUGUAUUUACUUGAAUUCUCAGAAGAAAGAGGAAUGUGCACAAGUACUUUGAGUUGAUAAAAGACUGCAAUAAAAUAAACAGUUUUGCUCACUCUAUCACACUCCAUUCCUGAAAAACUCAAUAUUGUGUAUGUAUAUGAAACAGAUGUUAGAACAUGUUCAUAUUCUGAAAACACAUAUGAUAAGUUUUAGAUAUGGGCAUAUUUUCAGUCCAUAAAUGUUGAAGAGUGAUGGAAAUUAUACAUGAUAGUUAAAAGGCAUUGUAAUGAGGUUUUUAUUAAAUUUUCAUUCACUUAAAAAGUGCCACUGCUCAUAACUUUUGUAAUAUUAAAAGAAAAUGCAGGUUAUAAAGUCAAGAAUAAGUAAGGAAUUGUCUCAAGUCAGUUAAUGGUCCAAUUACAUACAUUUUGUAAUAAUCGUCAGAAUGUGUAGAAUUAGAAACCAGUAUGUAUUCCUGUGGACUGUACCAUCUCAGUAGUAUUGGCAUUUGUAUUUUGAGCUUUAAUGGUGAGUUCAAGAAUGUUGCAGCUUUCGACUUUAAUGUUGAAUUUGAGAGAUGUUUGCAUGUUAUGUGAGUUUUUUGAAUUAGUUUAAGUACUGAGUUACAGCCACCAUUUUGUAUCUCAAUUUUUGUGCAAGGUAAUGUUUGCUGUGUGCCUUGCAACAGAGUGACGAAAUUUUCAUUUUCUUUGAAAUGCUAAAGAAAAUGGAAUGUGUGUUUUAAAUUCAUUGGAGCUUUUACAUCAAGAAUAUAUAUUUGUUGUGGCGUUACAGAGUAUCCCAUGGAUAUUUUGAAGUUGUACACAGUAAUUAUAUUAUUGGUACUCAACAAAUGGGCAUUCUCACAUCCAUGUUAUUAGUACAGAAGCCCCACCCCUCCCCAACCCCAUGAAAAAUGAGUGAUCGUAGGGCAAUGAAACUUUGUGGAAACAUUUGUAAGGGCUUGUGGAAGGAAAAUAAUGAAUAAACCUCUGGAAGAAACACAUACUAAUUUCCAGAUGAGAGGCUUCAAAUCUGGUGAUCUUGUUGGUUACACAGUUUGGAACAAUUAGCCAAUGGUUCUGUUUUCUUUAAAUGUAUUACAGACUAAGACAGUGACCUCACAAGCAGUGUGAGUUGGAGUUCUAUAGUACAUUGAAACAUGUGAGGCCAAAGCACCUACCUCCCAUAAAGAGGUACCACUUGCUGAUAAGCAUAUCACAGUACAUGUGCUGUUCAGACUGCAUGUCUUUGGUCCUUUGGGAGUUACUCGAAGAAAAAUGGAGCAAUCAUGAACUGUACAGUGAAGCCACACCACACAGUGAUGCAUUCAGUAUGCAGGGCAACUUCAAAAAUGUUUGUGGGCAAUGACUGUCCCCAAAUUUGAGUGUGUUCACUGUCCCAUUGAGUGUAAUGUGUGUUUCACCACUCCGCAAAGUGUUCCAAGGCCACAGGUCGUCAACUUUAACCCUUGCAAGAAACAUAGGAACAAAAUCUACUUGAAUGUCUGCAUCACAUGGCAAAAGUUGGUGAGUAAUGUGAGGUUUGUACAUAUACCAUUUCACAAUUGAUCACAGCACUUUUUGAGUGAUGGAGCAUGCAAUGUUCAACUAUUGUAACACAUUUUGUGCACUGAUUGGAGCUCACACAUUGCCUCCAGCAUUCUCAGCUUUGGCAACAGUAACUUUUUCAACAAUUUGUAGUGCAAUUGGCAGUCACUUCUCCAGUGAGCUAACCGAAUCAUUUGCCGAUCAUUCCAAACUGUGUAACCACCUAGAUCACCAGAUUUGAACCCUCUCAAGUGGAAAUCAAAAUGUGUUACUUUCAGUGAUUUAUUUGUUAUUUCACUUCCAUGUGUUCACACAAAUUUUUCCAUAAAGUUUCAUUGACCCACAAUCACUUGUUUUUCAUGUGGCCCUAUUAAGUAGCAAAAGUUUAAUUAUAAUGAUCCUGUAUUUAUUAUAAAAAUGUGUGAGCUGUUCAUGUAUAAUAUAGAGAUACAUAUUAGUCAUCUGGGGAGUAGCAAAUAUUAUAGACUUAGUAAAAAAUUUUACAUUGUUUUGAUAUUGUUAAUAUUCAGUUUUCAUGUGUGUUGAAAAUUAGCAUCUCAACAAUGAUUAAUUUUAAGUUUGUAGUACUAUAAAAUCUUCGGAUAAACCUCAGAGCUGUGAAUGAUGUGCCUUUGUUUAAUAGUCUGUUCAUUGGAUGAUGUGCAGAAACCAGUUAAUACUGGUACUAGAUGUUUGUACUCAGUGUCCACAAAAUGUAUUAAAUUUUAAUAUUGUUAUAACAUUUGCAAAACAUGACUUAUUUCUUGUA